AUGCCUCCGCCAAAACAUAACAACGCAGAAACAGCAGACGACCACCCAGAGGACGACUACGAUGACAUUCCCCUGGAGCACCAACGCCCGUUUGGCUCCGGACUACACAGGCGCCCUAUAGCCUUUGUCUCGGCAUCCGGACCAGGCACCCUUCAGUCCGUCGACGCCAACCGACCAACGCCAAAACCCCAGCCCAAUGUCGCCGAUAUGUACCUCAGCAUGGUUUUAUCCGAAGACUCGCGGUCCCAGUCCGCGCCGCCGAGCACCACAGCACCACCACCACCGCCCAAACCAUCCACACCAGCCCCAACCUCAGAUUCUCCCAAAGACGAAAACGAAGCAGAAACCUGCCCCGUCUGCCGUCUCCCCCUAACCACCCCCUCCGACAGCUCAAACCCAAACACAGACCCGUCAAAACCCACCCCCCACACCCAAUCCCUAGCCCACCAACUCUGUCUCCCCCACUCCCACCCCCCCUCCGCCCUCGACCGCACCCGCAUGGGCCUCUCCUACCUCGCCGCCCACGGCUGGGACCCAGACGCCCGCUCCGGGCUGGGGGCCGCACAGCAGGGUAUCGCGUAUCCUGUGAAGGCGAAGGUGAAGGAUGAUGUUUUGGGGGUUGGGAUGGUUGUUUCGAAACGGGAGAAGGAGGGCGCAAAGAAAAAUGGGGGGAGGUUGUUGGAUGCGGGGAAGGUGAGGAAGAUGGUGGGGGAGGAGAGGAGGAGGGGGGAGAGGAUUAGGGAGGAGUUGUUUGGUGAUGGGAGGGUGGAGAGGUAUCUUGGACGGGCGGCGGAUUCUAUUUGA